AUGGCGCUGCUCAAGACCAAGUACAUGCCCCUGAGCGAGGCAGACGUCUCGCCCGAGCGCGUGGCCACGUUCGACGGGCAGCACAUCACGCUGUCGUCGUGUCCGGGCGUGAGCGCGUUCGCCAUGGGCAAUUACCUCGGCGGGGGCAUCGCCGGCGUCGUCUACGAGGCGCUCGACCAGCGCCUGAAGCGCCCCGUGGCCGUCAAGAUCCUCAACCCCGUGGGCUACAAACUCACGAGUCCCGCGACGCUGCGACGCGCAGAGGUCGUGAAGAAGGGCGUCCCGAUCCUGGGCAACGUGCGCAACAUGACGCUGGACAAUGUCUAUUGGGUGCGCCUGCCGCGCCGACGAGAGCUGCUCGCGUGCUACGCGAUUGGAAUGAACGCUGCGGCGAGUACUGCAACGGGUACAGCAGCAACGACGACAGUGGCGGCGGCGACAGGGACAGCAGCGACGACAAUGUCGUAUGGUCUGCGGGAGCUGACGCUGGAAAUGUGCGUGAGUCUCUGGCUCUUGGACCACCACGACGACGAGCUGAGUGAGCCGCGGCGGCGACGACAGACGGGCCGGACGGACCGAAGACGGACGGCGAGUGUGCUGUCGUGCGAAGAGCCAGUGCAGGAGUUUUCUCGCACAACAGCUGCGGCUGCAGCAGUUUCGUCGACGGCUUCGAGUCAAUUGCAACAAGUUGAAGAAGAAGAAGAAGAAGAGCAAGAAGCUCAAGAAGGGGGAGGACGAGGAGGACGAGGAGGACGACGAGAGAGGGCAAGAGGAGAACGAGGAAUUGAGGAGGAAGAGACGAAACAUGAUGGGGGAGGGGGAGGACGUCGGUGCGACGUUGACGACGAUGACGACGAGGUGGUGGUGGUGAACGACGUGGUCUACGUCAUUCCGUCGCUUCCGGCCAAGUAUCGAGCCUUUCUGCAAGCUCGGAAGACCAUUUACCGAGAGAUUGCACACAUGCACAAACUGACGGGCAACAGCGUGACUGGUGAGCGGAUUGGCGGUGGACAUGAGAACGUGCUGCAGUUGUACAAUGUGCUGGAAUUCGUGCAACCGUCCAAGUCGACUAUUUUUCUCGUGCUGGAAUUGGCCUAUGGUGGAGAACUGUUUGAUCGUAUUCGAGGGGAUGCGGGUGUGGAACAGGAAGUUGCGAGGACGUAUUUCAAGCAACUUCUGGCAGGAGUGCGAUAUUGCCACCAACUUGGCAUUGUCCAUCGAGACCUCAAGCCCGAGAAUUUGUUACUGAGCGACUCGGAUGUGCUCAAGAUCGCAGACUUUGGCUUAUCGGCCCAUUUUAUUGCUGCUGUCAGUAGCGGAACGAGUGCAGACGAUCACAACAACAAUGACGAGAAUGAAAUCACGAGCCGUAUGUCACCAUCGCGCUUUCGACGACUGAACUCGAUUGUGGGGUCUCCUCACUACGUGGCGCCUGAGGUUUUGCAGAACGCCCGCUAUGGAUACGAUGGACGUAAAGCAGACAUGUGGAGCAGUGGCGUCAUCUUGUACGGUCUGCUGGUCGGCACCUUACCUUUUGGGCCAGAUCUGGCUUCGUGCCCACGAUAUCUCAAGUUUGGCGAGUGGCUGCGAUCGCUACCUGUUGACCCGCAUACGAGCAGACUAUUGUUCGACGUCAAUUUGUUUCAUGCUGGAGGCCCUAGCAGCUUGAAGCAGCAGCGUCAGCACCAGCAGCCAGAGAUGUCUCCCACGCAUUCGAGCUACCACCCGACAGCGCCGAUGCUGGGACUUAUGCUGAACAGCUCUAGCAUGUUGUGGAACCAGAACCAAGCUGUCGGAGCGUCUCCGCCAUCGACGAGCGGUAGCAGUUCGUUCUCGUCUGAUGCAAGUCUGCGUAAGUCAGGAUCAAGUGGCGCGGGCAGUGGCGUCCAGCCACGUCGUUCCGUGGCAUUUCCGACGUGGUUCUUCCCGUCUUCAUUAUCACCAUUGGCUGCAUACCUGCUGGCGUCGUUACUCCAUCCUGACCCGAACAAGCGAAUCUCGUGCGAGGAAGCGUGCAAAUCGAGCUGGGUGCUCGAGAGGUAG